AUGGAUUUCGCCAAAGUGAAUCCCGAUACGGGAGAUUUGUCGAACUAUGCCGAUUUGGAUUUUGCGAACGCCGGAUCAAACAAAUCUGCUUUCCUCGAAUUAAGCGUCCAUGCCGGUGCUAACAUUUACGGAACGAACGCCGUUUAUCACCAGGUGAGGGCGUAUCCUCAUGCCGGAAUGCAAUCUUUGCAGCAGGGAGAUCACAGUUUCAGUCCAAAAGGACUGGCGCCCUCGUACCCAUUCUACCAGAAUGUUUCCUUUCCUGGUCCUCCUGCUGAUCCAUACGGAAGAUCAAAUCCGCAAAAUGCAUCGUUUCUGAACUACCAGCCUCCGCCAAUGUCGCCGUCAGAAGGUAAAUUUCAUUGA